AUGGAGGGGCUCACAUUUCCAAAUGACUGGCGGACGGCUAUAACAGAAUUUCUGAAGUCAGGAGCAACGCCUCCCGAUCGGUUGGAAGCGCAUCUGCUCAGAAGGAGAGCUGGUCGGUUCGUCCUCAUUGGCGACCAGUUCUACAAAAAAGCGUUCUUCAGGCCUCUGCUUAAAUGUGUUGGCCCGGAGGAUGUGGACUAUAUUCUGCAAGAGGUACACCAAGGCUCAUGCGGCGGGCAUCUGGGCGGCCGCUCGUUGGCGAGAAAGAUUCUUUUGGCCGGCUACUUUUGGCCAACUUUACAGGAGGACACAGUCGCCACGUGCUUAUCCUGCCAAAAGUACCACAAUUUCUCACAUCGUCCCGCAGAGGAAUUAAAGACAUCCACAGUGUCUUGCUCGUUCGAUCAAUGGGGCAUGGACAUUGUGGGACCAUUUCCAAUGCGACUCAUCUCAGACAACGGAAGGCAGUUCUUGGGUCAACAACUCAAGGAGUGGUGCGAGGAGUAUGACAUCCAACAGGCUUUCACCUCCGUCGCGUAUCCCCAAAGCAAUGGGCGGGUAAUUCCUAGAUCAUUUCAGGUCGGCGACCUCGUCUGGAAGAAAGUCAAGUCGGUUGGUGAUGUCACUAAGCUGGGAGCUCCUUGGGUCGGGCCCUUCAAGAUUGUAGAAAAGCUCCGGUCGGGAGCCUAUUACCUCGAGGACGAAGACAGGUGGAAGCUAGAGCGACCGUGGAAUGCAAGCCACCUCCAGCCAUACCGAGCUGGAUGA